AUUUUCUUAACUAUCGCGAUACGUUUGCCGUGAGAUCUCGCCCAUGCAUUAUACCUCAGGAAACCCCGUUCAUUCUUCCUUUCUCAACAUGGCACCGAAGGUGAAGAAGGAAGCUGUCCCUGCCAAGACUGAGGCCAAGUCAAAGGCUCUGAAGGCCAAAAAGGCUGUGCUCAAAGGCGUACAUAGCCAGAGGAAGAAGAAAGUCAGGACUUCUCCCACCUUCCGUCGCCCCAAAACCCUCCGUCUCCGCAGGCAGCCCAAGUAUCCUCGCAAGAGUGCACCCCGCAGGAACAAGUUGGAUCACUAUGCCAUCAUCAAGUUCCCCUUGACAACAGAGUCUGCCAUGAAGAAGAUUGAAGACAACAACACACUUGUGUUCAUUGUGGAUGUCAAGGCAAACAAACACCAGAUCAAACACGCUGUCAAGAAGCUGUACGACAUUGACGUCGCCAAAGUCAACACACUCAUCAGGCCUGAUGGUGAGAAGAAGGCGUACGUUCGUCUCGCACCAGAUUACGAUGCGUUGGAUGUUGCAAACAAGAUUGGCAUCAUCUAAACUGUGGCUGAAGAGACUUGUGGAAGAAUAAAUAUUUGUAUAAACUAAAACUGAUUCAG